AUGGCAGAUAAACCUGAGGUGGCGCAAGUAACAAAUGAGAAGAAGAAGGUCCCGAAGAGAGUCGAGGCAGGGAAAAGAUUAGCAGCUAUCAGAAAAUUGGCCAAGGAGAAGAAAAAAAACAGUUGGAAGGUGAUAGUAAGGAAGAAGGUUCCAACAUGUUAACAAUCGCUAGACUGGCUGUUGCAGUCAUCACCCUACUAAUUACAUACCAGAUGAACCAACGAGAAGAAAUGACAUUGGAAACAAAGACAGAACCAGACACUGUAUCAAUCGAGAAAAGCCGCGACUCCAACAUUGACUCACUUGAGUAA